AUGCCAAACGGUCACAAGGAUAUGCAGUCAGCCUACAACGCGUCCAAAUCGAAUGCUGGUCUCUACAGUCAGGUAAGAAAGUUGGGUUUUUGAUAAAAAUUGAAUGUGAGGGGGUGUAGUUUUGAAAAAAGUCGAAAAAAAGCGUGACUUGUAAAAAAAUUGCUUUUUCGAAUUUUCUGUGCUGGGCAGGGUAUUUUAGGUUGGGAGGGUAAAAGUAAAAAAUCAAAAAAAAAGUUUUUUUCAACUCACCAGAAGGGAUCACAUUAAGCUUAAAAAAUUUUUUUUUGCCCCCCCUUCCUUAAUUUACCCCUCCCACUGCCCACGCCUCCCCCUCUUACUCAGUUCACACCUUCCGCUAUUCCACCCUAUUUUCUUUUUUCAAAAUUUCGACCGCCUUUACCUCACCCCUGCCACUUCAACUUCAAAUUUCAGAAUCCCCGAGCCAACGACUCCAGCUACGCGCUCUCGAAACACCUGUACAGCUAUGGCAAUAUACAUCACAACAAUCAGCCCGCGAGCCUGCUAACCACCCCAUCGACUAGUAGUAAAACCCAUCGGUCCGCCGUUUCGUCCACUUACUUCCACCAUCACAGCGACACCAGCAGCUAUCCGCCAAUGAACAGUGGCGGUUUGGGGGCGGCUUCUUCUCCGCCAAUGGCGAGUAAAAAUUUUUUUGUUCAAACACGGUUUUUUUAAAUCGUAGUUAUUUCUUUUAAAUAAAAAAAAAUUUUUUUGACCCCCCCCCCCCUCAAAAAAAUUACCCCACCCCGAAAAAUUACCCCCUUUGCCUCCUUCCAAUAAAAAUCUCAUAAGUAUGGCAAUUUGUACCUCAACAUGCCAAUUCAUGCCACCCAUUUUUCAGUAUGGAAACAACUACGAACUGAUUGCCAGACGCGACGCAUUGAUUGAGAAAGCCGAGCGCGCCCGGCUCGAGUACGAGGAGGCCACUUUUCAGCUUCGUAACUUGGAAUCUUCACAGACAUUGACCCAACCAACUUACAAAUCCCCAGUAGUACCCGGAGGCGAUUAUGUGACUCUCGAAAAGAAUCACAAACAAAAGGUAAGGACAUUGGUUUUGAUCAAGAUUAAUAUUACACUUGGCUGUAUUGAUCAUGAUUUAUGAAUGAUUAAGGUCUAAGUAUGGUUAUGAAUAGUACAGGGCGAUUGGUAUGAGAAUACUGAAGUAAUAUAUGAGAAAAGAUGUUUUUUUUCACAAUUUUUUUGAAAAAUCCACGUUCACUUUUUUCAAAAAAAAAUUUUCAUUUUGAUAUCUAAAACUAUGUACCAAGAAUGAGCACAUCUCUAACAAGAACCUCUUUUCCCUUAUUUUUUAAAUUUCAAAGGUUUUACCUCAAUUUUUAAAUUUUGAAAUGAAAAUCGACCAAAUUUCAGCCAGACUCGGUCUACCUCGGCUUCCCUGGUCCACAUCAACCCAACUUUUACCCUAGUUUCAAUUCCAAUCGACCCAAUUACAAAGAACAGAACGUUUGCAAGCCCUCGGCUCGUAAGUUUGAAGAUUUUACUACGUUAGUCUUUAGCUUUUUCAUAUUUUGCCAGUUUUUCUUAAUAAAAUUACAUUUUUUGAACUUUAAGCCUAUUUUUCAGCCUUUUUUCGGGCAAAAAUGUCAUUUUAAAGCACAUUUUUACUCAUAAAAACUAAUUUUUGACUAAUUUUUAUCUUAAAAAAAUAUUUUUAACCACAUUUAUAAUUAAAAACCCUAUUUUUAGCCAAAUUUUUAUCCAAAAAUGCCAUUUUUUGUCAACAUUGUGACCUACAAUAGCCAUAUCAAACUAACACAACCCUUUUCGAACCAAAAAAUCAAAACCAACCUGGAUAACAGUCAAAUUCUUCAGAAACUGUCAUUUAAUCCAAUGUUAACCAUGCUAAUCCGUGCAAUUUCAGCGAUCCAUUCCAGCGAGCUGUUUGGUGGCAUCCCAUGUACAACUGAAUCAUUCCGCUGCGAUCUAUCUGAUGUAAUCUAUAAUUCUUGA